AUGCCAAAUAAAGCACAAGAGGAUGCAGUUAUCAAUCUGAAGUCUGUCCAGGACAUCUCCAAGCAGCUAAGCUUUGAGUGGACAGUUCUUGCAUACGAGCUUGGUUUCACCAGGGCUGAGGUCAGGCAGUUCCAUGCCGUGUCAAGAGACAAGAGAGAGCAGGCAAAGACCAUGUUAGAAUCCUGGUACGAGCGGUCCUGGGACAAACCCAACAAGACAAAACUGUUGCAGGAUGGUCUGGAACGUGCGGGCAGAAGGGACCUUGCAGAGAGACUGCGCUGUCUGCACUGGGGACAUCAGAAACUCAGUCAGCGAGUGGAGUUGCCCUCUGCCUUCCCAUUUCUCAUUACUGUGCACAAAACCAUAGAAAACAAGGAUGCCUUGCGCAAGAUCAAUGAGCUUAACCGCAGUUUUACUUAG